AAUCCAGUGGCGCCCAAGUUGGUUCAGUUUGAAAUUCGAGCCCAAUGCCCUCAAGCAAGAACGACUACCAGACGAUCCCUGUCGACUUGAGCCCGGUGCAGUCGCCGUCGAGUGCGCAGAGGCGGCUGACGCAGUGGCGUCUGCAGAUGCUGCUCAUCAACCUCGUCGAGUUCUCGGCCGAGUCGUCCCGCGGUGUCGUCAUGCCGACGCUCUUCCUCUACACGCAGUCGCUCGGCGGCUCGCUCUACGAGAUGGGUCUUCUGACGUCGGUCUUUAGCGUCGGCCGCCUCAUCUCGUCGACGGUCUUUGGCUGGCUCUGCGACCGCUACUCGUUUCGCUUUGUGUACAUUGUGUCGUCCUUGAUCGGUUUGAUUGGCAACAUCAUCUACUUGCUCGCGGACCUGCACGUCUACAACUGCGUGCACGUAUUGCUCGUGAGCCGGUUCCUUGUCGGCUUUGGCGCUGGCAACCGCAGCGUGUGCCGUGCCAACGUCGCCGCCAUCACGCACGUCGACCAGCGCCUCAAGUACAUGACGAUCCUCGCCAUGGUCGUCUUCUUUGGCUACGCGCUCACGCCCGGCCUCGGCGGCAUUCUCAACGACAUUGACUUUCGCAUUGGGAGCCUCCACAUCCACAAGCUCACAGCACCUGGCGUCGUCCUCGCUGCGAUGAACCUCGCGACAAUCGUGCUGAUGUUGACCGCGUGGGACGAAUCCAUCGGGCUCGCCGACGCGCCGGACGUCUCGCCAACGCCGUUUACAGCCAAGAAGUCCAAGGCCGCGCCGCUCAGCGCGCUCCCGGACCGCCUUGUCUACUGGGGCGUCUUUGUCUUCAUGACGCUCAACGUCGUCGCGCGUGGCAUUCUGUCCAUCUUUGAGACGGUCAACGUUCCGCUUUUUAUCGACAUCACGGGCCACACCAACGAGACUGCGGUGCUCGCGGCCUCGAGCUUCCAGUUCAACAUGGGCCUUCUCGGGCUCUUUGCGUACGUGGCGAUCGAGGUCUGGCGCCACGCCAUCACCGACGUCAUGUGGCUCCUCAUUGGCUUUGGCGCGCUCGCGCUCGGCAACCUCGUCUUGAUCCUCGACAUGGCUUCGCGCAGCUACACGGAGCUCGCGAUCGGCAUCUUCUUUGUCUGGAGCGUGGGCAGUCCGCUCACGACCGCAGUGUGCGUCGCCGCCUUCUCCAAGAUCCUCGGCACGCGCCAGCAAGGCACGUGGAUGGGCCUCUUGGGCUCGGCGGCCUCGGUGUCGCGCAUCAUCAUGCCGCUCCUCCCCGCGCUCUUUGAGACGUUUACGCCGCUCUUUUGGAUCAACUUUGCGUUGUGCGUUGCGAGCCUGGGCCUCCUCGUGUGGUACGAUGCGAUCGUCAAGCGCGAACGAUCGCAGCAAGCGUCCCAGACGCUCCUCCCCAAAACGGUGUAUGUAUAAGCCAUCGCGGCGCUUGCAUGCUGCAUCGAUGAGCCACACGUGGCGCUUCAAUAGAG